UCAGCUGCAAACAGAAAGCAACAAUAUUGCUGGGCCUAAUCAAAGACUUUUUUCACUACUUUUUACAGUCAUUUUCUUUGGACUUCUGGCACCAUCUUUGUUAGGAAGAUUUAUUGUCUGCUUUUUAAAAUGUGUCAUUUUGCAAUGGCUGGUAGAUGAAGGGAUCUCUUUAAUUUGUAUUGGGAGGGUGUGAACACGUGCAUUACAGUUACAGCAUGAAUUUCUCCUCUGCUGGUAAACCGCUUACAAACAUCAAUAAUUGUGGGAAAAUGUUUGCAACAGUUAUAUUCUAGACAUGCAGUUUACAAUGGUGCUCUGUAUUCUGUUAUUGCCUUACAAUUAUUCAAACUGUUUCCCUUAAUUUAAGAAGUAAAAUUACAUAUAUAUAUUUUUUUUAGUAUCUGAGAAAUUAAGAACCUAACAGAUUUACUUGUUGAUGGAGAACACAUCACAACACUAAACGUUUCAGGCAAGAAUCACCUAAACACCAAAAAUUACUAUUAUAGUUACCACUGUCUUGUCUUAAAACCAGUUUAUUUACCAAGUGACAAAUGCAAGCAACUGUUGCAUCAUCUUAUAGUACUGGAAUUGCUGUUGGAUAUCAGGGAAGGGUAAUAGGAUAGAUAAAAGUUCUGUAAAAGAGAAAGCACCAGAAGUAGCAGAAAGGUGGGGUUGGUCAGCCCUUCAUUUGAAUGUAAAUGUAAUUAUGAGGCAGGCAGUUAGGCUGACGUCAGACAAGAUCUUGGUAAACCAUUACCACCAGCACCUGGUAGCACAGUUGAUAAUAAAGGAGGAUGAAGUAGAAGAUUCCAAGCAGAGUAGCAAUAUCAGAGAAAACCAAACACAGUUAUUUUUAAGCAGUGGAAGAAAAUACAGAAGAACAAGAUGUUGUGACAACAUUACUAAUAAUCUGUGACAAUCAUGUAUGUGAGCUCUCUCUUGGAAAAAGAGAACAGCAUGUAUCCAGGAUCUGCAAGAGGGAACAACAACCUGCCAGCACAAAACUUUGUGUCUACGCCACCCUACUCCGAUUACAUGGGAUAUCAUCAUGUGCCGAGUCUGGACACCCAUGGCCAGCCCGCGGGAACCUGGGGAUCUCACUACGGCCCACAGCGGGAGGACUGGAACGCCUACGGCCCAGGACCUUCCAGCACGGUCGCUGCUGCCCAGCUCAAUGGCUCGUCUCCUGGACAGGUCUCCUACAGUUCUGCUGAUUACAGCUCCCUCCAUCCUGCCGCACCUGGGGGGUUACCGCCUGUAGAAACAAUUAAUGCCCAGCAAAUCUCUCCCAACAGCCAAAGGCACAGCUCUUACGAAUGGAUGAGGAAAACAGUGCAACUGAACACUACUGGUAAAACAAGAACAAAAGAAAAGUACCGAGUUGUUUACACAGAUCAUCAGAGACUAGAAUUAGAGAAGGAAUUUCACUGCAACAGAUAUAUUACAAUACGGAGAAAGUCAGAACUUGCAGCAAACCUGGGACUAUCUGAAAGACAGGUGAAAAUCUGGUUCCAGAACCGCCGAGCCAAAGAAAGAAAACUGAUCAAGAAGAAAAUAUCUCAGUUUGAUGGCAGUGGGGGCUCAGUUCAGAGUGACUCUGGUUCACUCAGUCCAAAUGAAAUAUCUAGUUCUCUGUUCCCACCACCACACGGAAUAAAUGGAUUACGGCCUGAUGACAUUCAUCAAGUUAUAGUUUCAGAAUGAACAGAGGGGGGGGAAAAAAAGAGGAAAAAAAGUAAAAGCAAGAAUGGAUUUCUCCAUCACAGACGCCCCCUUGAAAACUCAUCUUUGCAAAGGACCAUUUCCAUUUAACUGUCUUCAGAGUGCUGGUUUCUAAGUACAGGACCUGGGACUAUUAUGAAAAUAUUUUAAUUAUUGGAGACAUCUCAGGGAACUUGCACUGCUAAGAUUCAUCACUCAGAAUCUUUGAGUAGGAGGUAAUUUGCUUCAGACACUGACACAAAGAAUGAUACAACUGAGGAUUCAAGUAAAUGUAGUUCUAGUCUGAUCAUAUAUAUACACACAAAAAAUGUCAGUGAACUGAUUACAAAAUAGAGUACUAUUGCAUAAAAUAUAAGAUGUUGGGUGUCUUCAGUUUGUUACAUUUUAUAUAAUUAAGAGUAAACCAUAGAUGUUAAUAUUCACACUUAAGCCUACUGAAAAGAAUGCUACUUUAUGAAAACAAGAAAAACAUUUAAACCACUUUUAAACCCUCAAGAAACAACUAUGUUGCUCUACCAACACAUUGCAUUUAAUUAAAUUUAAUUAAAAACAAAUCUCCUUUCCUAAUGUAAUUGCAUUCAAGAAUGCCAGUUUCCUAAACAAUAGUUACCCGUCAAGAUUUGUUGAACAGUAAGAAAUGCAGCGAUUUGUCAUGAACGUUAGUAAAUGCUUUGAGUUACAAGGGGCCUUCAAGAUCAU